AUGGCGGAGCGGCCCCGCUACACGCCCUUCUCCACGGCGUUCUGGGCCGCGGACAGGCCGGCGUGGCUGGCGCUGCCGCUGCUGCUGCCGGCGAAGGGGGCGGAGGAGCUGCUCUCGAUGGAGGCCGCGCUGGUCGGGGCCAGGGUCGCGGAGCUGGCGACCACGCUGUACAGGGAAGGCAGCCUGCCCGGGCUGAGCACCUGGCAGUUCGAGGAGUGCCCCGAGUUCGCCGACGGCAUCGCGCUCUGGCGCCAGGCCAUGGCGGAGGAGACCUGCGCCGCGUUCACGCGGAAGCUCCAGGAGGCCGCGAGGCUGGCUCGCGAGGGAAUCGCCCAGAUAGGCAACCUGGCCCCGAAGCUGGCCAUGACGCGCUGGGGCAUCGUCAUUGUCUGGGUCGCGGCGCGCGCGGCGCUGGUGGCCCAGUCGUCCGUGGCGGGGUGCGUACAGGGCCUCCCCGCUCCGGCGGCCAGCGCCAGGGUGUGCCGCGACUCCAAGCGGGCGGUCUUCGAGCUGCUGCAGGAGGUGAUCGCCGACAGCAGGGUCUCGCCCAUGUACGACUUCGAUCUGCUGGGACCCGGCGUCUGGCGGGGCGGCGGCAGGGUGAGCUUGGCGGAGGAGGCCGAGAACGAGUGGUACCGGCGCGGGUCCGAGCUCGACAUCGGCGUGAUGUGCCACCAGGCGUGUCAAUUGCCACCCGAGGACCUGAACGGCUGGAGGCCCGUGGUCGCGCUGACUCAGGAGGCCGGCGCCCCGGAGUGGCGUCUGCCGCCGCAGGACGCGCCGAGGUUUGUCCUCGAGAAGCACGAGUGGCUGUGCGUGGUGGAACCAACGCCACUGGACGCCGACGGGAAGCUUCUCCUCGGCGGUACAAAGGUGCUGCAGAUGGCGUUGCCCCCGCCCCCAGAGCACGACCUGGACGACCCGGAGGUGAUCGCGAAGAUCCAGCGCGGCGAGGAACUCGGCAAGAAGCACCAGGCCGACGGCCUCCCCGGGGCCCUGCACGGCAGCGUCGGCCUGCUGUACGCGGGGUUGUGCGCCACGGAGGGCGUAGGGCACCUGGCGAUGAACGCGGGGAUCCUGGGCCUCGAGGGGCUCCUCGACGGCCUCCUGCGCUACGGCCCGCCCGUGCAGUCGCUGUCACUCGCCGACUGCCCCAAGCUGGUCGACCGGGCGCUCCUGGAGGAGACCCUGCCGCUGGCGGGGGCGGGCCUGCAGGUCCUGGACCUCGAGAGGUGUGCGCUCGAUUUCGAGCACGCCGACUGGCUGGUGGAGUGCGCGCACAGGCUGCCAGGCCUCCGCCGCCUGGACCUGGCAGGCAACGAGCUCGACGGCGACGCCGCGGUUGACCUGCUGGAGGGGCUCUGUGAGAAGUGUGCGGCACUGACCACACUGCGCCUGGACAGCAACCCGGUGGGCCUCGACCGGGAGGACUUCCGCGCCACGGUCGCGGGGCUCCUCGCCAGGCGCGGGGCGCAGGUGGUGGCCGGGGGCACCAUCAACUUCGUGUACGGCACGGACUCCGUGGUCUGGUCCCCCCAGCUGAAGCCUGAUCCGCCCACCGGGGUCGGCAUGGGCAUGGUGGAGAGGACGGUGGAGGAGCAGGAGGAGCGCCUGGCGCGGCUCCAGCAGGAGACGGAGGCCCUCUUCGCGGACAAGACCGUGAAGGGCGAGCGCUUUGCCGUGGCGAAGGAGACGCACGAGCGGCGCGUGCAGAGGCUCGCGCAGAGGACCGAGGGGGCCAAGCAGUACCUGCGCGUCGACUACGACGCGCCCGCGAAGGCGCCGCUGCCGGAGAGCCACAGCCGGAGGGGCGCCGACGCCGUCCGGGAGCAGAGCCGCCCAGACUGGAUGGCGGAGCUCUGA